AUGGAUGAAACAGUUGAAGACACGGCCCCCUACGAUGAGGAUAUUGCUAAUAGACCGAGUUUGGGCUCUUUGGGCUCUGAUGCAGAUUACGAUGAUGAGUUGGGAGUUCCGGGUUCAAUUAAAUUGGUGGAUAUUGGUGAUGGUCCCGUUGCCAUUGAACAUUCAGAUGAUGAACUCGAAGAAGAACACAUAGAAACCCUUGACUUCAAUACAACAUUGAACUAUAAGAGAUUCUCGUCCUUUCAUCGCAACGUCUUCAUACCCGGUCUCGAUGUAACAGUUUCGAUAACAGACUACGAAAGAAAUCUCACCUCGCAUAUGCUCAAUCCCAACUUGUACACAAUUUCGUUGAAACACGGCAAUUUUACGUGGCAAAUUAAAAAAAGGUACAAACAAAUCCAGCAUCUCCAUCAGCAACUGGUUUUGUUCAGGACGAGCUUGAACAUACCGUUUCCCAGCAAGACGCAUAAGAACAAGAGAAAAACCCUGAAAAACUCCGGUAAAAUUAAAGGAAAACGGAAAAGCGCAUUGCCCAGAUUUCCAAAGAAACCCGAAGUUUUAGUAUCUUACGAUAGAAUUGGGAAUCGAAUGAAACAAUUGGAAAGCUACCUAAAUAAUUUACUCUCCAUAACCAUUUACAGAAAUCAUCCAGCCACUAUAGAGUUUCUAGGAGUAUCUCAUUUAUCGUUCAUCGAAGGGCUAGGACUCAAAGGACUAGAAGGUUUCAUCAAGAAGCGAACAGGAAGCACUCACCCCGGACAAACCGGUUGCGGUUGUUUCGGUCUAUCCCAUUGCUCAUGCUGCAUAAGAUUCCAGCACUUCUUCACCGAUAUCAUCUGCCUGAGGUACCAACGACGGUGGUUCUUCAUAAAAGACACGUUCUUCGGCUACAUAAACCCCGACAACGGCAUAGUGAAAGCCGUCAUUCUCUUCGAUCAGGGCUUCGAAGUGGCCACGGGCAUGUACUCGCUAGGUUUGCGCAACGGUUUUCAAAUCCAGACGCUCAGCAGGCAGAUCGCCUUCCAGUGCUCGUCGCAGAGGCAGAGCAAAGAGUGGAGCCAGAAGCUCAAAGAGGUCGCUUCCACGUCGGCUAGAGAAUUCGUGCAAUUCAACAGAUUUCGCUCGUCCGCUCCGAUAAGAACGAACGUGACGGCUUCCUGGUUUGUCGACGGUUGCUCCUACCUGGCAACCGUUGCGGAAGCCAUGGAGAACGCCAAGGAGGAAAUAUUCAUAACGGAUUGGUGGCUGAGUCCGGAGAUUUACCUCAAGCGACCGGCCCUCGUCGGCGAUUACUGGCAGUUGAAUAAACUGUUGGAACGAAAAGCGGACGCCGGCGUUAGGAUCUACGUUUUGCUGUACAAAGAGGUGGAAAUGGCGUUGGGUUUGAACAGCUACUACAGCAAGCAGAAACUGACGGCUUCAUCGCCUAAUAUUAAAGUCCUCCGGCAUCCCGAUCACGCCACGGCUGGGGUUUUCCUGUGGGCGCAUCACGAGAAGAUGGUGGUGGUAGAUCAAACGUACGCCUUCGUAGGCGGCAUUGAUCUCUGCUACGGGAGAUGGGACGAUCACAAACACAGAUUGGUGGAUUUGGGCAGCGUAUCGGUGAAUCAAGACGUUUCGCAUAUGAAGAAGAAAACGUCUAGCAUGCCCAAUGGCGAGGCGUUUUACCCCAUUCCAGCGCCGUAUUAUCAAUGCAAUCCGGGUUUGAGUACGAUGGAGAAAGUAGAAAACGAAAAAAACAUUCACGCCGCCGACGAUUUGCCCCAAUUGGCCCCGGGGGAUCACUUACUGAUGCCGGACACGACUGGAAAAGAGAAGGUGAAAAUUAACACGCCGCGACCGAACAGAAGACACACGUUUCUGGAUAACAUCAAAACUAAAGGGAAAGAGCUGAUGCAUUUGGUCUACACGCCUCACGAGUUCGACCAGCCCGAACCGGAAUCGCCUCCCGACGAAAAGGACAAAGUGGACGGUCAAACGCCCGAGGAGAUGAUCGAUGGGUUGGACGGGUCGCCGAAAUUCUGGAUCGGAAAAGAUUACGUGAACUUCAUCGUUAAGGAUUUCACUAAUUUGGAAUCGCCAUUCGACGAUUUCAUCAAUAGAUCGACCACCCCGAGAAUGCCCUGGCACGAUAUCGGUGUGUGCGUGCAAGGCGACGCUGCUAGAGACGUUGCCAGGCAUUUUAUACAGAGAUGGAACGCGGUGAAACUGGAAAAGGCCAAGAAGAACCCCUCUUACCCGUUUCUAAUGCCGAAGAGCUACAACGGCUACAAGACGUUGCCCAUAGCUUUCCCGAAUGGUACUCAAAAAGUCACCGUGCAGUUUCUACGAAGCGUAAGUUGCUGGUCGAUCGGUUUCUUCGAGGCCGAUGCCGUCGAGCAGAGUAUACACGAAGCAUACAUAGAUACAAUAACAAAAUCCCAGCAUUAUAUCUACAUAGAAAAUCAGUUUUUCAUCAGUUUAGCGUGCGACAAUCCUUAUACCAAAAAUCAAGUGGGCGAGGCGCUGUAUAAGAGAAUCUUGAGAGCCCACAAGGCGAAAGAAACUUUCCGGGUGUACGUCGUGAUGCCUUUGUUGCCCGGAUUCGAAGGCGAGGUCGGGGGACCCACCGGGACUUCAUUACACGCCAUUACUCAUUGGAAUUACGCCUCGAUCUCUCAAGGGAAAGAUUCGAUUCUAAACAGAUUGAAAGCAGCGGGGAUAGCCGAUCCGUCCGAGUACAUAACUUUCUAUGGACUCAGAAACCACAGCCGUCUCAACGGAGAGCCCAUAACCGAGUUGAUUUAUGUCCAUUCGAAGCUGAUGAUCGUCGAUGAUAAAACCGUCAUCUGCGGAUCAGCCAAUAUCAAUGAUAGAUCGUUGAUCGGCAAGCGGGACUCGGAAGUCGCCGUCAUUAUUGAGGAUGAAACGUUUGAAGACGGUCUGAUGAACGGCAAUUCGUUUCCUAGUGGAAAAUUCGCCGGUGGUUUGCGAAAGUACUUGUUCAAAGAGCAUCUCGGUUUGCUAGAUUCCAACAACGAUGUAUUCGAAAUAGAUGUAACCGAUCCGGUGGCGGAGCGUUUCUAUAAGGGCGUUUGGUACGAUACGGCUAGUUUAAAUACGGAGUUUUACGAAAAGAUUUUCCAUUGCUUGCCAACGGAUAGCGUGGAGAGUUUCGCCGAUUUGAGGAGGAAUCACGAUGAGAAGCCGCUGUGGAUCGAGGAGUUGUCCAAGGCGGAGAAAAUGUUGGAAACCAUUCAGGGGCAUUUGGUGUUGCUUCCGCUGAAUUUUCUUAGCAAGGAAAAUCUAAUGCCUGCUGCAAAUUCUGUUGAAGGUUUUUUGCCUACCUCUUUGUGGACAUGA